UGCCCGACAUUAUCACGGGCAGAUCUCAUCGUCUUUAAGAAGGGUUGCCUGUAUCUUUCAUUCUUCACUCAAACACCUGAGCCUACGACCCUUCGUCUUCUGAUUCUCUGGCAGAUAAAUUUUCUCCGGCGGUCAUCGGAGUUUUUGUUAGAUUCCGGUGAAUUACGUCUUCAAUUUCAUGUUUUCUCUUUCAUCCGAUCGAUUUUUCCGGAGAUUUGCCGGAGUUCAACCACGCCGCUGCAAUUCAUGGCCGCCGUUUUAGCUAGCGGGAAUGAAUCGAGCUGGGGCCAAUCUAGUGCUGUUGGAUUAAUGGCGAAACUCCCUUACUCCAAUCCUCACUUAAAAAACCCGAAACCUAACCCUAACCCUAAGAAUAAACACAAAUUCAACACAGCUAACGGCCAACACGCCGACGAUUCUACGGUCGUUACUCAGACCACCUCUGAUGAUGCCUAUUCGUUCAACCAGAGAUCGGUUGAGGGUACUAGCCGGAAUGGUUUCAAUCACGGUGGAUACAUUAGCUUCAACUUAGCUUCGUGUUCGAACAGCGAGUUGAGCGAACUCAAGCAGCGUUUGGUGGCGGAGUUGGAACGGAUCCGAAACUUGAAUAAUCAAAUCGAUUCCGGACAACUCCAACCCAGAUCUCAUGGUAAAAUAAAGAAAUUAUCUGGAAGCAAGCGACCGUUUCCUUGUGGUUCUAAAAAAGAUUUGAAGGGAUUGUGCCAAACAUCGGAAUUUGAGAAUGGUCAUAUGAGUGGAAAUGGGAAAGAGGGUUUGAUGAAGAUGUGUAGGCAAGUGUUGACGAAGUUGAUGAAGCACAAAUUUGGUUGGGUUUUUAAUAAACCGGUGGAUGCUGUGGCCUUGGGGCUUCAUGAUUACCAUCGGAUAAUUAAGCAGCCGAUGGAUCUUGGCACAGUGAAAGGGAAUUUGGCGAAAGGUUUGUUUGUUUCGCCUGUUGAUUUUGCUGCUGAUGUGAGAUUGACAUUUAAUAAUGCCUUGUUGUAUAAUCCGAAGACCGAUGAAGUUAACGGCAUGGCCGAGCAGCUACUUGGUAUAUUCGAGGAUAUGUUUAGACCCAUACAAGAGAAGAUUGGUGGUGAUCGGAAAGAAGAGGAUCGUGGCUUUGUUGGUGAUGAGUUGCAAGGUAGUUCUUGGAGUCAAAUUCCAACCCCAGAAAGAGUAAAGAAAUCGGAAACGAGCCCCAAACCCCCAAUUUCAAAUAAAAAAGACCAAAUGCAAAGUGGGUCAAGUGCCUCAAACCCGUCAAAUUCUCCAUUGAACCCAGCUCCGGUGCAAUCACCCGUGCCCUCUCCAUCCUCCAUGCCAGCGCCUCCUGGGAAACCGGUGGCUGUGAGAGGAUCUUCCACAAAGCAGCCGAAGCCAAAGGCUAAGGAUCCCAAUAAGAGAGAGAUGAGUAUGGAGGAGAAGCAAAAGCUUGGAAUUGGGUUGCAGAGUUUGCCUCAAGAAAAGAUGCCUCAAUUGGUGCAGAUUAUAGGGAAGAGGAAUGAGCAUUUGGCUCAAGAGGGUGAUGAAAUUGAGCUUGACAUUGAGGCUCUUGAUACAGAGACCCUUUGGGAGCUUGAUCGGUUUGUGACUAAUUGGAAGAAGAUGGCGAGCAAGACAAAGAGGCAAGCACUAAUGUCAAACAAUUCAGCUGGAGCGGGAACCAUAACCACAACUUCUGCUGAAGCUGAUAGGGGUCCUAUGAGAGAGAGAACUGAUUUGACAAAGAAGCCAAAGAAAGGAGAAGCUGGGGAUGAAGAUGUGGACAUUGACGACGAUUUGCCUGCAACCAACUUCCCAUCGGUGGAGAUUGAGAAGGAUGAAGGUGGUUAUGAUCAAAAUCAUGGUCAUGCUAAUAGUAGUUCUAGCGGUUCCAGUGGCUCAAGCAGUGACUCAUCCUCUUCAAGUGAUUCUGGUUCAGGGAGUUCUUCUGGGAGCGAUUCAGAUGCUGAUGAUGCACAGUCUUGAAGUAAAUUAAAGAACUUGGCAGAUUUGAGAACUGACGGAUGAAAAAAAUGAUGUUUGAACUCUUACACCUAUUAGAAGGGCUUUAAUGUAGGAGGCUUAUUGAUGAGGUAUAGCAAAUGUUCACUAACUCUUACUAAUUUUUUAUGAUGGGUUUCUUCAUGGGAAUGAGCUGAAAUUUUGAACUACGCUUUGCAGAGGGUUCUGAAUUGUGAAAAUUUGUCGAACUUUGUAGCUUUGGAUUCGACAGAGGAAUGAAGAUAGGGUGUUGGGUGAAGCUUAUAGAGGGGACCAAAAGAGAUACGUAGCUUAGACUCUAGAGAUGUUGGGUUAUUGAACCAAAAGAGAUAGGGCCAGUUAUGCCCCCAGUUAGAGAGAAGAGAGAGAGAGGUAAAUAGUUGAGAUACCACUGUACAGAUUUUUUUCCUCUUUUCUUUUUGGACAAAAAGAGACGUCUUUCUGCUGAAACUGCAACAGCUACUCGCAAUCACCUGUUAGUCACUGAUACGUCACUUAAAUUACUGAUGCACUUGAACUUAGAACUUGUAGAUUGGAGUGUGGCUGACCACACAAGUAAUACAUGAAUUUCCUCAUGGAAAAGGGAUGGGAAGAAUUGUAUAGAACCGAACGGUCAUGUGGAGUGGAAUGACAAGGUUGCCAAGCAAGGCAUGAGUUGGGUGACAAUCAGAAGAAGGUUGAUCCUUCUCACUCCCAUGCGCUUCCUCCUCUCCUCCUCCUCCUCCUCCUCCUGCUCAUCAUCAUCAUCAUCCUAUAAAACUCCGCUUUGUCCAAAUGCCAGCCAGUCACGCAUCACCGAAGCCCCCCCUUAAGAACACGAAACAGUUACAAUUAUGCAGCUGUUGAGAAGAGGACGCGAUGAUAUUAAAUGCAACGAUAUUGUAAGUUUCUGAAGUUUGGGUGUCAGAUUCGAGUCGCCAAAACAGUUCUGCAGGCAGGAUAAGGCUGUGAAUAUGUGAUUUUGUUUUUUCAGAUCCUAUGACAAAUCUAUGUAUCUGGCUGUCCUUUUAAUAUUGAAAGCUAUUGAUGUUUACUUGAAGUCCAACAUUGGUGUACAAAAAGCCAAAAAACAAAAAAAGUUUUGAUCAUCUUGAUUUUAUUUUUUUUUCGGUCCGAUUAAAAAUAGAUCAUUUAUGUCAAGAUUAGAUAUAAAUUAGAAUAUUUAUG